ACCGCGUGUAGAGUAUAGAAGCCUUUUAUAUACGAUUAAACGACGCAACAAAACUCAUUUUUUUCCAAUAAUCGCGCACUAGGCGAUUAAGAAUUAAGAUUAAGGUCGUAUCAGACCUCAGACCACGAUGUAUCAUAUAUCAGACUGUACAUUGACAGACCCAAAAUUGAGAUCAAAGAUUCAAGAUUGAAAUUUGACCAAUCAGGACAAAGAAAUUUUAGUUCCUUUUGUUUCGAUUAGUCAAAUUCCGAUUAAUCAAAUUCCAAUCUUUAAUCUUCAAUAUUUAAUGCGUAGGCGUAUAUGCCGAGUGUACAGCUGUACAGUGUAUAUACUGUCAAAAGGUUUACUUUUAAAAAUUGAGGUUACGUUUGAAUUAUUUUCGGUGUAAUAUUGAAAUAAAGCUCGUCAUGUCUUUGUACGACGAUUUUGACAAGCAUCGGACUUCGGAGAAGGUCGCUGGAUGGUCUUCUGGUAUUAAAUUGCUGCAAUCGCAAUUGCAGUUGAAGAAGGCCGCCACAACACAGCCAAAGCGUGAGCAAUAUAGGAAGGCUAGUGCGGUGCUAGCACCAGUGAUAGACUUGAAAUCAAAGACUAACCGCGAUGUCGACAGAGAGGAACACGAUAGCACCCAUAAUAAUCCAUUAUCCACCGGUAGUGUGAGCAGUAUAGGAAUAGGUGAUGAAUUCGAUUGGAAUGUGGUAAAUGAGUAUGAUCCCAUGUGGCCCAAUGAAUAUGAGAAAGUUGUGAAAGAAUUGCGCGACAUCAGAGAUAGGGAGCAUGAGACAGAGAUGCGCAAACGUAGGAGGGAUAAUACUCGCUUCGAAGAUACUCAAGUAAUAAAUGAAAUAAGUCUUUAAGUAU